CAGAAGUCACUGUACAGUCAUGAUGCAGGGUAGCUCAUCGCCCUCUUGGGAGAAAACUCACUAAAUACCCGCAUUUAGAUUCUACUGUACUGCAGCUGAAUGGAGCUCAAGCACCAGCUAACUGUGACAGAACUAUGCAGGAGUGCACUGUGGAUUUGAAUGCGAACCUCGUCGAUAUUUUCAGAACGUUCAGAAAUGAUCCGAAUCAACAACACUCAAUACUACCACUUUCUGCAGCAGGCAGAUGUCCUCCGUCAAUCAGGGUCGUUUUGCGAUGCCAUCAUCUCGGUGCAGAGCCAAACGUUUCGGGCGCAUCGGUUAGUUCUAGCCUGUGCUAGUAGAGCCUUAGCACAGCACCUAGCCAAAAGCAACGCAGACAGCCCAGCCCAUUGCACAUUGGAGUAUUUCUCUCCCCACACCUUCCAGCAAGUUUUAGACUUCACCUACACUCAAGCGCUUGAAGUGCCGGUGAAAGACCUGCAGCAGCUGCUACGAGCCGCCCAGGUCUUAGAAAUGCAGCUACUGGAAGACCAGUGCCGAAAGCAGCUGGACAGUCUCAAAGCCAGAGAGAAGGACAAAAAUGGAGAAGCAGUAGACCUCACAGAGGAAGAUAAAAGUGUAGAAGAGAAAGAUCAAAAGCAAAAAGGUAGACCAGUUCCUGAGGACAAAGUCCAAAAAACAUCCUCCCCGGUAGAAAAGCCAAGCAUUGCCAUCGGCAUGGAAAAUGUUUCAAUCGCUGAUUCUACGGAUAUCCCCACCAACCAAAAGUCCCCAAAAAGGAAGGCAAAAUUGUCCCCGAUGUCAGCGACACCGUUCAACAGAGAUAGUGUCAUUACCAGGCCCAACACCAGCGGUUCCUCUUUCUCUUCUGCAUGGGCAUUCCCUACAAACAUGUGGGACAAUGGGAAUCACUUAAACACCCUAAUGCGAAUUGCAGGGAACUAUUCUAACUUUUUUGCAUCUCAUCCCCUUCCGUCCUCCAACCAGACCUCUGUAGUAUGCCCAUUCCCCCUCUCUUCUCAACACAUGUUCCCUUUACUCAGUUCCCAUUUUCAAACUCCCCUUCAAAGCACGGCACUAGGCUACUCACGUUUGCACCCCCAUCCCUACACUCAAAAUCUGUACACGGAGACUUCGAGGAUGGGCAGCAUGAUCAAGAACGGCAUUUUGAAGAGAAAAAAAUUGAGCCACACUAGUCAAACUGUGGAAACAAGGUAUCCCGAAAUGCCAAAAGUCAGAGAAAAAGCUGACGGGUGCCAACACUGCAGUUCAAGACUCCUCUGUGAUCCGAUGCUGCGGGAGUCAGCCUCCACACAAUUAGGUCAAAACUGUGAUGGAUGUCAGUUCUGUGGAAGAGAUGCCGUGCAACAUGAAGCGAAUGCUAGAGACCACAGAGGAGAAAAACCCUACCAGUGCAAACACUGUCCAAAGAAGUUUAGCCUAAAACAUCAGCUCGAUACACAUCAUCGCGUUCAUACGGGAGAGAAGCCGUUUGAGUGUCGCCUCUGUGGUCAGCGCUCACGGGACUACUCUGCCAUGAUCAAACACCUCCGGACCCAUGGAGGCGCAGCGCCCUACCAGUGCACCGUGUGCCUGGAGUUCUGCAGCAGCCUGGUCGCCAUGCAGAGGCACGUCAAGAGCCACGCUGUGCAGGACUUCCCCCCUGACUGGAGCAUCAACAACACCUACUUGUACAUCUCCCACAUAUGAGGCCAUCCUCAUAAGCUGUAGCUUUAGUUGGCAAAUCUCUUGUGAGGCUGUUUAAUUUAGGUUGAAUUUACAGUAUGGCAGUGACACUCAUAGCUAAAGAUCUGCUUAACCCAUACAAAAGUGAACGUUGAAUAAAAACAUUUCUCUAAUUUGUGGUUCAAGGUCAAACCCGACAUUCAUGGGUGUAAUAUCUAUGCAAAAUGAAACUGUUCUCUAUUUGCAUUUGCAAUAAUCGGAAAUACGGACGCCGUACUAUUUCCAGUGACAUUAAAGGUUUUGAAAGUGUUUACCAGGCAUUAAAGCCACAUCAGCAUCUAAUCCUCGAUGCAUGACGCAGGAAUCCUCCCUCUGACUUUCAAAAUUAUUAUUGGACUGCUUGCGCAAGCUGUGCAGCUUUCACCCGGGUUCACAGCGCCCUCAAGAGGACAUGCAGCGAAAACAAAAAUCAGCAUUUUCUUGUGUUGGAUCUGCCACGCUUGAAAGAACACAGGAAAUAUCAGAAUCAGCCCUAUUAUCACUACACAGUAAAAAUAACACAUAAUGAUUCAUUUAGUUAAAACCAUAUCAUAUUCACAUAUGCAUGAUGACCUACAAAUAGGUUUACCUAUCCAUAUAAUAUUACAUCUACUUGGGAUAAAAGGUGUCAAGACUUCAGAAUUAAGCAUCAAAUAAGAAAUAUUUCAUUAAUUUUUAAAUAUAAAAAUCUAUCAACAUAAUUAUCAACAAUAACUGAAAUAUGAUAAAGGUUGCAUGUCCUACUUUUUAAUUUAUAAUUCUGCUGUAUUACUAUUUAAUAAAUGUUAGAUCCUCUAACCAAGUUACUUUUUAAUCCUCAGCUAAGAGACACAACUGUAGUCUACCUUGAGCCUUGGUGCUGUUUAUGUUUCUGUUUUAGGUACAUAAUUAAUAUAAAACUAUUUGCCAACAUGUCUAGUAAAUAACCUCAUUAGUGACGCUCUUUUGUUUUCUGUCAUUGCCAAAUGCAUGAAUAUCAAUUCACUUACAUCAUGUCCUUUAGAUUAAAUAGCACUCAGUAGAUUAAAUGCCUUUCACAAAAUCUACACAUGCAGUAUACAACUGAUGUUUUCUCAGUAGUUUAUGUUUGCAAUAUGUAACAUUAUAAGUUGCUUCCUCCAGUCAGCUUUCUGUACAGCUUACAGGCCUGCUACCACUUACAGAUAAGUGUGGAUUUCAACAGCAUUAUCAUAAUAAGUAUGAAAAAGAAUGUAGAUAAAUGUUUAUUUCUUUUGCCAGCUAAACAUUUACCAGAUAAAUGUGCUAUGUUACUAAUUCACCAAAUAAAUGAGU